AUGUAUCUUGAGCAUGCCUUCUCAACCUGGUGGGAAGACGACUCCCACACCGACAUGGAAAGAAGUGGCCCCGGCCCCCUUCACCAAACUACCAAGGAUAGCCAUGAAACUCCGCUCUGGAAGAAACUCGCCAGCGACACUGUUGCUGCUGUCGUCUCCGCAGCGUUGCUUACGCCGGCCAUCACCAUCAUAGACCGCGCUGUCAUUGAGAAACUAUCAGGCCAGAAAUCAUUGACCGGUGCAUUGAAGGAUAGUAUUGCCUGCGCCGCCCUCCAUCCGAGGAGGUUUAUGCUCGGUCGGCCUUUCACCCUGGUCUGCGGCUUGUAUUCCGCCACCUUUGGCGUUGCCAACAUGUCAGAAACCCUCGGCGAUGAGGUCAGCCAAAUUUCAAUGGGAACACUUACGUUCCUGUCCGUAACGGCAGUCAACGUACCCCUGGGUAUCUGGAAAGACCUGAAGUUCGCCAACAUGUAUGGUAGUGACAACACAAACAGCAAGACCAUCACCAUGCCAUCUCGGUCUUACAAAGCGGCGGUGUCGGCGUUUUUGACUUCAUCACAGCAAGCCAGCACAUGA